AGGAACUAACUUCUGUCAACGUCAACGAAAUUUGGUAAACAUAUUUGUUAGCGUUUCGCAAAAUGUUUUGACUGAAUAUUCAUGUAAGAUUUUAUGGUCUUCUGUGUUCAUGCUUGACUUGCAUACAUUUUUACUCUCCAAUCAAUUUUUAGAUCAUCGAAUCGCUGCAAGCAGCGGGAGAUUUUAUUUGUUUUUAAAAAACCGCUUCUAUGGAUGAGUUUACUUUCAAAACACAAAAUGGGACAGAAGGAAUCGAAAUUAUCAACUUGAGUUUCAGCAAAAUACCCAUCAUAAGGAGUCAAACCCAAAUAAAUUUUUCUAGCAGAUUUAACAACAAAUCUGAUAAUUGGAUAGAAAAAUCUAUUAAGUUGAUAUGGAAUGAAAAAUGUAAGAAUAAUGAUAGGUUAUACAAUCAAUCCAAAUUUCGAUUUGAAGGUGUAACAAUUAAUGAUGAUAACCAGGUUGUUUUCAACUUGGGACUAACAACUUACAUGGAGUUAAUUGGAACGAAUUGUAAUCCAUUUGGGAAGGAGUUAGUUGUUUACGGAACUCAGCGUUUUAACAGUAAGCGAUCGUGCUUAGCUGACCCAUUGGGUGUGGGAUCUCUGUUGCUAACUUCAGAUAGAAAAUUCCUGUUUUUAAAACGUGCUAUGUGGACUGGUGAGGACAAAGGCAAACUAGAUAGGCCUGGUGGUCACCCUGAACCAGAUAAUGUGUCAACAUCUAUACAGUCUUGGACAGAAGAAGAAUGCACUGCUCCAGAAAACUCACUUCGAAUUCGAGAGGAGGUUUUCGACUCGGUUAAAUGUGAAAUUCGCGAUGAAGUUAAUUUGCCAUUGGAAUCAUUAAAGGACCCUCUACUGUUAGGAGUAGUUCGAAGCCUCGAACGACUUGGGCGGCCGAGUGCUGAAUUUCUUGUGCUUUGCUCUUUGACAUCUAAAGAAGUCGAAAAUCUCUAUUUGAAGAGUUGUCAAGCAGAAGCUGACGAAUCGCUAGGUAUUGUGUUUCUACCGGAAGAGAAGGUUCGUGGAUUGGAUUUGGAUCAGAGUAUCUGGCACUGCCUUACUGAUGCCGCUUGUGGAGCAAUAAAACUCUACAGUCAAUGUUACUCGAUCUGCCCAAGUUAGCCGUUAUAUUUGGAACCUGAGUGAAACUUUUUAUUUAAUAAUUUUGAAUCAAUCUCAGUUCAUGGUUCAUUUUACACACACAUAUAUACUAAAAAUAAAAAAUACAU